GAAGCGGCAGCGGCUCCUGUCAAGCGGGCAGCAGAUCGAGAGCGGCCCGUGCUCCCCUUCCCCAGACCCUCCCCCUAUCCCCAGUGGAGCCGGAGAGCGGGCGCGCCCCACCACUGCCCUCACCAUGAUAACUUGAUUUAAAACAUCAUCCAGUGUACCUGAGAGAUGACAGAAUGUAAUUUGGUGCCAAUCCUAAUCAGUUCUAUUGACAACCCUGUAGAUAAGAACUUGGAUAAUGGGGGGAACUCAUGCUUGAGCUUUAAGCCACUGAACAGCUUUUCUCAGCCUCAGGUGCUGUUGGCAGCAGCGGUCUGCACAAAAGCAGGAAAGGCUAUUGUCUCUCGACAGUUUGUGGAAAUGACCCGAACUCGGAUUGAGGGCUUAUUAGCAGCUUUUCCAAAGCUCAUGAACACUGGAAAACAACAUACGUUUGUUGAAACAGAGAGUGUAAGAUAUGUCUACCAGCCUAUGGAGAAACUCUAUAUGGUACUGAUCACUACCAAAAACAGCAACAUUUUAGAAGAUUUGGAGACUCUAAGGCUCUUCUCAAGAGUGAUCCCUGAAUAUUGCCGAGCCUUAGAAGAGAAUGAAAUAUCUGAGCACUGUUUUGAUUUGAUUUUUGCUUUUGAUGAAAUUGUUGCCCUGGGAUACCGGGAGAAUGUUAACUUGGCACAGAUCAGAACCUUCACAGAAAUGGAUUCUCAUGAGGAGAAGGUGUUCAGAGCCGUCAGAGAGACUCAAGAACGUGAAGCUAAGGCUGAGAUGCGUCGUAAAGCAAAGGAAUUACAACAGGCCCGAAGAGAUGCAGAGAGACAGGGCAAAAAAGCACCAGGAUUUGGCGGAUUUGGCAGCUCUGCAGUAUCUGGAGGCAGCACAGCUGCCAUGAUCACAGAAACCAUCAUUGAAAGUGAUAAACCAAAAGUGGCACCUGCACCAGCCAGGCCUUCAGGCCCCAGCAAGGCUUUGAAACUUGGAGCCAAAGGAAAGGAAGUAGAUAACUUUGUGGACAAAUUGAAAUCUGAAGGUGAAACCAUCAUGUCCUCCAGUAUGGGCAAGCGUACUUCUGAAGCUACCAAAGUACAUGCUCCACCUAUUAAUAUGGAAAGUGUACAUAUGAAGAUUGAAGAAAAGAUCACAUUAACCUGUGGACGAGACGGAGGAUUACAGAAUAUGGAGUUGCAUGGCAUGAUCAUGCUUAGGAUCUCAGAUGACAAAUAUGGCCGAAUUCGUCUUCAUGUGGAAAAUGAAGAUAAGAAAGGGGUGCAGCUACAGACCCAUCCAAAUGUGGAUAAAAAACUUUUCACUGCAGAGUCUCUAAUUGGCCUGAAGAAUCCAGAGAAGUCAUUUCCAGUCAACAGUGACGUAGGGGUGCUAAAGUGGAGACUACAAACCACAGAGGAAUCUUUUAUUCCACUGACAAUUAAUUGCUGGCCCUCGGAGAGUGGAAAUGGCUGUGAUGUCAAUAUAGAAUAUGAGCUACAAGAAGAUAAUUUAGAACUGAAUGACGUGAUUAUCACCAUCCCACUCCCGUCUGGUGUCGGCGCGCCUGUUAUUGGUGAGAUCGAUGGGGAGUAUCGACAUGACAGUCGACGAAAUACCCUAGAGUGGUGCCUGCCUGUGAUUGAUGCCAAAAAUAAGAGUGGCAGCCUGGAGUUUAGCAUUGCUGGGCAGCCUAAUGACUUCUUCCCUGUUCAAGUUUCCUUUGUCUCCAAGAAAAAUUACUGUAACAUACAGGUUACCAAAGUGACCCAGGUAGAUGGAAACAGCCCUGUCAGGUUUUCCACAGAGACCACUUUCCUAGUGGAUAAGUAUGAAAUCCUGUAAUACCAAGAAGAGGGAGCUGAAAAGGAAAAUUUUCAGAUUAAUAAAGAAGACGCCAACGAUGGCUGACGAGUUUUUCCCAAAUUUACAAGCCAUUGGAGACCCCUUUUUUCUGAUACAAUGCACGAUUCUCUGCGCGCAAGGACCCUCGACUCACCCCCAUGUUUCAGUGUCACGGAGACAUUCUUUGAUAAAGAAAUGGCACAAACAUAAAGGGAAAGGCUGCUAAUUUUCUUUGGCAGAUUUUAUUGGCCAGCAGGAAAGCAAACUCUCCAGAGAAUGCCCCCAGUUAAAUAGCUCCUCUUCCUUUACCUAAGUUGCUCCUUUAUUUUUAUUUUAUUAUUAUUUUUGGGUUUUUUUUUUUUGAGAUGGAGUCUCGCUCUGUCACCCAGGCUGGAAUGAAAUGGCAUGAUCUUGGCUCACUGCAGCCUCUGACUCCUGGGUUCAAGCAGGUCUCCUGCCUCAGCCUCCCAAGUAGCUGGGACUAUAGGUGCACACCACCACCCCUGGCUAAUUUUUUGUAUUUUAGUAGAGAUGGGGUUUCACCGUGUUGCCCAGGCUGGUCGUGAACUCCUGAGCUCAGGAAAUCCACCCACCUCGGCCUCCCAAAGUGCUGGGAUUACAGGCAUGAGCCACUGCACCUGGCUGCUCCUUUAUUUUAAUCCCUAAAUAUAUAAUCCCUAAAUAUAGUUAUAUUUCAUACUUUGUUUUUAAAAAGUUUUCUCUGUAGAAGAUUUUAAUCUUUCAUACCCUUUACCUUUAGGUUUUUCUUUCUAUACAUUCAGUCAGGCACUGGGAUCAUCUGUUUACAGGCAUUGUAUUUAUUUGGCACUCCUGCAACAAGUAUAUCUAACCCAUUCUUGAUUUUUGGACUAUUCAGGUGAACUGUUUGAGGGGUGUGGGGUCUAGAAGUUAGAAGAUAAGGAUGUCUUCUGUCCUUUUCCCAUAUCCAUUCAUUCCUUCAUCUCUUUGCCAAGUUGUUUUCCUUUCAGGGCCUGUCCUUCCAGUUUAGAAAAGUACCGUGAAUCCCGCUUGUGUCAAUAUUAAAGAUAGCUGAGAUGUACCUUUCAAAUGGCACAGUCCCUCUUCAAGAUGUCUAAAAGAAUGGUUAUGUCUGUCCAGUUAGGGAUUUCACAUCCACAUGUAAUCAUGUCUGCUGCUAUUGCUACCCAAAUUUCCAGUUCUCCACAUUUUGGGUACUUAAGCUAAAACGUAAUAGCCUCAGUCUUUGUAAUCCAUUCACAUUCCUCAAUUUCACCACCUCCCACUUCUAGAGUGCACUCUCUGUCAUCAGUCCUCUCCUUUCGAACAGAAACAGGGUUAUGAUUUUGAAGGCUGUGGGUUCAGGGAGUCUUUGUGCCAAUCCUGUUGGCCCUAAACUGUCAAGGAGGCUUCAUUUCACCAUUCGAUUUUUUGCAUUUUAGGAGGCAACUGAUUGUUUUGGUAUGUACAGAUUACUCAUGUAUACCCCAUUUCCUUCCAGUCAGCCCAACAUUUUCCACCAGUCUAUCUGUCCCCAUCUCUGAAAUCCAUCCUUCUCUUCCCUCUAAACCUUUUGAGUAUCAUCAUGUACUGGUGGUUUCUCAGUUCCAUCUCAUCCAUUUCGUUUUCAAUGGAGACUACAGUGUCAGCCAGCUCAGCCUUGGCUUUUAACUCAGUAUUCCAGUCCAUAGGGUGGUGAAAAGUUGCUACAAGGCUGCAGGCACUGGCAGUGGGAAGAGGCAGAUGACUAGAUGGACUUCUGUGCUUUUAGCUGGUUGACAAGUACCACUCCCACUCUGAACAACAUCUGGCCUUCCCUGCAAAGAGUGUACUGUACUUGAAGCAGAGCACUCGCACAUAAAUGGCUGUGUAUGGAAUUGCUUGCCAAAGAAGUUUCUAGCCUUUCCCUUUCCCCUAACUGCAUCAGGGAAGAAUUCUUAUCUCUAGCUUGGUUUCCACAUGAGGUUUUUCUGAGAAAGGGGCCUGGGACAAGAAGUCUGUCAUGUAGUUAAGUAGGCAAGAAAUCCUACUAAUCCAGUUUUGUUUGAAAGUUGUUUGUCCAUAUGAUUUUUUAAAAGUCAAGUUUAAUUUCAAAAAACCUUUUUUUUCUGAGAUUACUUUUGGGGUAAUAUUUAAAAUGAGAGACAUUUUGUAACCCUGUAAAAUACAUAGGGAAUAUAACAUUCCAGUGUAUACAAAGAAGGCAAAUUCUUUAAUCAAAUAAAGAGCAUUAUAAAAUGAGA